UUUCUAAAAAUAGUAAUUGGGUUUCUAAAUUUCUCAAUAUUUUUGUGAAAACUUCGCAACAUUUUUGUGAAAACUUCACAAAAUUCGUAUAGAAAUUCAGAAACUUCGCAUUCAAGAAAGAGCUUACGUACCAUUAACAUGUCAUCCAUCAUUUUUCUCAAAUCUGCUCUUGAGCUUUUAAAGCCGGAUUAUAGAAAAAAGUGCCAGAAAACCUGGAUGAACUUCAUAGAACAUACUGGAUGAAACAGCGCUCAGACAAGAAGGAAACCAAGUUCUUAGUUCCUAACGAUGGGCCAGUAAAUUUUGCAGCUGUUAUUGAUGAUUAUCUGAACGUGAUUAAAAGUAGCCUUGGUCAUUUCACGGGUCGAGUAUUUUUUAAGGGUACUCCUGCUGCAUAUGCUGACCAGCCUAUGGGGAAAAAUCUUGUAAGUAAAGUGCCAUGUGAAAUGGCAACAGUUCUUGGUCUAGAUAAUCCAGUGUCUUUUACAUUUCAUUCUCUACGUCGCUCGUCCGCCACAGCAGCAGCUGACAGCGGAGCAUCCGUUCAACAGCUUAUGGAUUUUUAUGGAUGGUCUAAUCCGAGCAUGCCUCAAGAAUAUGUAUCAUCAAGCAAAGCUUCUGUAAAAUCCAUGGCUGAUAAACUUCAAGGACCUUCUAAUCAAGUAGAAAAAACAGAGGUUAGCGAAGUCAGAAUAGAGAAUAUUGAAAAGUGUUCCUUAGCUUCACCUCCUCAGAGUAGAAAGCCCUAUGUGAUUCAAAAUGCAGACAAAAUAGUAAUUAUCGAACAUUUUCAUGGGAACAACUUUACAAUGUAAUUAUGUAAACCCGAAAAGAAUGAUGUAAUAUAAUAUAUUUGAUGACAGCUCAGUAAAGCUGUAUGUACAUGUUUUGAUCUUUCCUAGAUCAAAUAUUAAACUAGGUGUAGUUUAC